AUGACAGACCCGGAAGCCGGAACUGUAGAACUCGACACUUCUUACCUCGAGACAGUCACCGUUGAAGGACGAGACUUCCAGCAAUAUUCGAUCAAUAAUCGGAUCUAUUUCGGGCCAGUUGACGAUGAUGAAGCAGAGCGUCUGGAGCUUCAACAUCGAGUUUUUAACAGAGUAUUCGAUGACCGCUUGAUCUUUCCACCCAUCCGCAGGCCAACAAGGAUCCUCGAUUGCGGUUAUGGAGCUGGCGCUUGGGCUGUGGAAGUCGCUGAACAGUAUCCGAACUGCGAGAUGACGAAGGUGAUAGGUGUAGACGUCUCACCUCAUAUGAAACCUGACGAAACCCCAGAGAAUUUAUGGCUGCAGGUUGACGACUUGAACCGCCGCUUCACUUUUUCCUCCGGUAGUUUUGAUCUGGUCCAGUCCAGGCUCGUUGCUUCAGGAAUAAAUCGUUCUCGAUGGCCCACAUACAUUCGUGAUAUCGUGCGGGUACUCAGACGCGGCGGAUGGGUGCAAAUGGUUGAGAUAUACUUCAACGUGCAAUCUGACAACGGUUCACUCACCGAACGACACGCUUUGAGCCAGUGGAGCGCAAAGUAUAGAGCCUCUUUAGAAGAUCUUAAGGAUCUCCGCGUCGGUACAAGGCUAGGCAGCCUUCUUACUGCCGCAGGAUUGGUGGAUGUCGAGACGAAAAUGAUCCAGUUGCCAUUAUCUGGAUGGCCCAGUGAUCCGAGAAUGCGGGAGAUCGGUACGAGCAACCAAGAAAACGUCCACAGACUCCUUUCGGCAAUGGCGAUAUAUCCGUUUACGCAGAGGUUGCAUAUGCCACGAGCAGAAUUCGAAGUGUUGGUCGCCCAGGCCCGUCAGGAAGCGAACAACCGGUCCUUGAAGGCCUACUUUCCCCUCUAUGUCACCAUCGGUCGAAAACCGUAG